AUGAACUUUCUAAGUUUAUUUACAUCAUCUACAAAAUAAUAAUCUAAACUCUAGAAGAUAAAAGUAUUUUAUAAUAUUAGAAUUAAGAUCUAUAAAGAUGAAUAGUGUUAAAAUUAUUUCCAAAACCUAAACAUAGAAGAUAAUACUUAAUGUUAAAAAAUUUUAGAUUAGAUAGAUAUGUAAAAUCAACUUGGAGAUGAAGUUAUAAUUAUUGUAUCAUUAGGUGAGAAAAGUGCUCAUUCUCAUUACUUGUUAGAAGGAUAAAAAAUGUAUUUCACAAAGAAUUGUUAAUAAGUAGGAGUAAAUAGCUAAAAUUCUAUAAAAUACUCCACAAAACUUAGAAUUUUAUAUCAUUUAUCAAGAAAUCAAGCUUAUAAAAUUGUAGGAAAGUCAAUCCUAUCAUCAAAAAAUUUGGAAUCAUAUUACAAUAAGUAAUAAUUACUAUAUUUAUUUGAAGAUUCUAAAGAUCAUUCCUUUAGAUAAGGAACUCUAUUGAAAAAAAGUAAAACAGGAUAGUUUCGAGAGAGACUCUUUAAAUUGUAAAAAGAUACCUUAAUUUAUGAAAAAAAUGAAAAACAUGAAAAAAAUAGAACAAAACAGAGUUGCAUUUCACUUGAUUCAAUGUAAAUCGAGAAACAGCCAGAUAAAAAUUUAACAUUUCUUAUAAAGUGUGAUUAAAAAACUUAUUAAAUAAAAGCAUAAAGUAGAACAGAUUUUGAUGGAUGGUAGGUAUAAAUUAUAAAGAAUAUGAAGGUUAUAUUCAUUACACAAUUAAAUUAUGAAGUGGAAGGAAGUAAAACUAUUAUUAGAUUAUGAUAAGAAAAUUGAGUAAUGUGCCUAUUAAAAAGUGGAAAAAUUGAAAAGUCUUCCUACUCAAUUCAAAUCUGUAAAGUUUAUAGCCCAGAACAAUUCUUAUAUAACAAAGUUUAAUUAAUGAAAAUUUUAGAUAAUUUAAAAAUUAUUUGGAAAAUAAUAGAUCAGAGCUAGAAUAGAAAAUGUUUUACUUUUUACAAUUGUCUUAUGAAAGUGAAACAUAGUAACAAGGAUAGAAAAAUUUUAAAUAAAUGAUUGAAAAAAAAGACUUAUUGCUAUCAGAAAUUUAAGAAAUGAUCAAAGAAGAUGAGAACUUUUCUAAACUUGAAAAGAUAUAAUCCAACUAGUUUAAACAAGAAAUAACAAUAUAUUUUGACAAGCAGAUUAUACCAGAUUUCCUUUUGAAAAGUAAGUAUAAUAUCUAUUCAUAGUUAAUCUAUCUGAAAUAUUAUUAGAUUUUUCAAUUCAUUAAUUUAAAUAGUUCUAUAAAUUUCCAUUGCUUGAUUCAUCUGGUUUUUAUUAAGAUCCAACUAACAUAGUCAAUGUAAAUUCAGAAUGA